AGUCAGGAAGAAGGCUGCACUGUCUUGUUUCCAUUCUAGGUGAUGUUGGUGUUCAGUUUGUUGCGGUUCGUAAUGAAUAAAAGCGCCAUGGUCUGUGUCUGCAUUCUACAGUAAAACUCAAACAUAGCUGUAUUGUCCGUUUAAAGGAAGUACAAUGGAAACUGAAGUGGAUAUUGUGGAGUUUAAAGUGCCCGUUGAAAACGACAAAACCUUGUUUAUCUGGAACAUUUUGCCUACAUUUUCUGAAGCCUACAUUUACGAUCGCAUUUUUAAACACUUCUCCGUCUUCGGCGCCCUGUUCUCCUUGCGGGUCCGUGCCAACGCCUCGGUGGCUGAGCCCGGAUUCUACGCCAUUGUCAAGUUCUUCUCCGCCGCACAGGCCUGCUGGGCGCAGGAGGCGACGGAUGGGAGGGGGCUGUUUCAGGACAAACCCUUAAAAGUUCGUCUUUGCACCAGGCAGAACCCUGCCUUCUGUCAGACUGUCAGAUGUCUCAGUAGUGCCAAGUGCCAGGAACUUGCCAACUACUACCUGGGCUUCAAUGGCUGGUCUAGUCGGGUUGUCACACUUCAUGACAUUUCGAUAACCGAUAAUGCUGGACUGUUGCCCUUGGGUACAGAGACGCAGGCAGUCAGUCUGAAAUACGGCUGCAUUGUGGAGUUAAUGUUCACUAAGCAUGGAGUCAGCUGCAGGGGUGUUGGGGUGGCAGAGGAGCUCCUUGAGAAUAAUCCAGAAUGUGGUUUUUGGGGUUGA